AUGGCUGGGUCCAGCGAGGCUUUGGUGCUGCACGUCCUGCUCUGCUGGCUCUGCCCAGGCGCUGCGAGCAUCCGGUGCAAGGGGCGCGUCUGGAUCGAGCCCGCUCCGGUGGUUCGGAUGGGCUCCAACAUCUCCAUCAGCUGCCAGUCCACCCUGGGCUGCCCUUCGCCCCAGCUCCUCAUCCUCCUCAACUACAGCCGCGCUGAGGGGACCGAGCAGACCCUGCCCGGCAGCCCCCUGCAGCUCCAGCUGCGCGAUUUUCGGAUGCCCUUCGCCACCGUCACCUGCUUCUCCCGCUGUGCCCACACCCAGCUGCACCGCCUGGUGUGCGGCACCGAGCUCCGGGCGGGCUACCCUCCGGACCCCCCCGGUAACCUGAGCUGCGCCAUCGCCGAGGGCUCGGAGCGCCUGGAGUGCGCCUGGGAUGCGGGACGGGACAGCCAGCUGCCCACCCGGCACAGCCUCCACCUGCGCAGGUGAGCAGGGGAUGAGGGGGAUGAGGAAGAAAAGAUCUUCCCUGCAGACUCACCUGUGCUGCUGCGAGAGCUUCACAAUGAGAGCCACUACUCGGUGUGGGUGCAGGCCAGCAACGUGCUGGGCACUGCCCGCUCGGCCCCUCGGCUCCUCAGCCUGCAGGAGCUCGUGGUCCCCACUCUGCCUGUGGUCAUCGGCGCCGAGACCUCGGAGAUGUCCCCUCCCUGCACCACCACACGCUGGAGGAGCCGGACACGGCUGCAGAACGUGCAGUGCCAGGAGAGGCACAGAGCCACGGGCACCCCAACAUGGCAUGUGGAGCCGUGUGACACAGCGGCACGGGAGGGUCCCCGCUGUCACCACGAGCUGCAGAGCGGCGCCGAGUUCGUGUUCCAGGUCCGGUGCCGGCUCAGCACCGCCCGCAGCCCCUGGAGCGCCUGGAGCCCCCCCUUCCUCUACAGCACCCCCGAGGCAGCCCCCGCCGCCCCUCCCGUUGUGUGGCGGCGCCUGGGUCCGGUCCUGCCCGACGGCAGCCACGAGGUGACGGUCUUGAUCAAGCCGCUGCCAGCCCGGGAUGCCCGCGGGAGGAUCCUGGGCUACGCCGUGGCCGCCGAGAGCCCCGAGGGAUCGGAGCUGCUGUGCCUCACCCCCGGCACGGAGUGCGCGGUCCUGGUGCCGCCGGGAGCCCGCAGCCUCCUCGUCACCGCCCGCAAUUCCAGAGGGAGCUCCAGCCCUGCCAGCAUCCCCCUGACCCGGGCAGCAGCUCGGGAAGAAUUCCCAGCACCACAGGCCGUGGAGGUGAAGCCUGAGAACCAGAGCAGGGUCCUGGUUCAGUGGCAGCCCCCCCAGCACAGCCAGAGCCCCCCACUCUGGUUCAUACUGGAGUGGGUUUCCAGCUCCCAGCACGGCCAGGGGGAGCAGUUCUUCUGGGAAAAAGUCCCACAGCAGGAAACACACACCUACAUCCAAGCAGAGGCAGCGGCAGGAGCUCCCCCCCGCGUGUCGCUGUUCGCGGUGUAUCCCGAUGGAAUCAGCGAUCCCAGCUCCAGCCCAGCCUCUCCUGAGGAGCCGCUCCUGGGCAGCGUCCACGGCGAGAUGUCCCAGGAUGAUGAUGUCGGAGUCUUCCUGGGACUGAGCCUCAGCGUGGUGGGAUUAUCACUUCUUUCUGCAAUUGUGAUGUUUAAAAAAUCAGUCAGAAAAAGGGUGAAGGUCACCCUCGUGUCCCUCUUGCCCAAGUGGCUGUUUGAAGACUUUCCCCACGUGGAGAACAGCAGCGUGGUGAGGUCACUCCAGGACAAGGCUGAUUUCCCCAGUCUCCAGGAGCCAUUCCUGGCCCCCGGCGAUCCCGCAGUCACGGAAAUCGAGCAGGUGCCGGCACAGGAGCAGCACGAGAGCCUGGACACCAAGGCCAGGGCAGAGAUUCCCGAGCACAAGGAGCUCCCCAGGAUUGUGGUGGAUCCCAGCAGCCUGGCCCUGGAGCAGCUCGGUUCCUACAAACCCCAGCUCUCCCACGGGAACGCUCCGGGUUACGUCGCCGCUGGAAUUCCCCAGGCACAACCGCCCGAAGAAAUCCCAGAACCAGAGAUGGGAAUCUUCUCCCAGGACUACACCAGCCCUGUCCCCCAGCUGUGGGAGCAGCAGGGAGGGACACCCCAGGUGUGUCUUCUGGAGAAAAUCCACCUGGUCCUGAACAGCAGCCAGGCAUUCCCAGUGCAGCCAGGACCUGGAUCCUUUCCGGAGAAGCCCUGGGAGCCCAGCGAUGUCCCCGAGCAGAUGCUGGUCCCCGAGGAGCUGCUGUCCUGCCUGAGAGGCGUGAGCAGGGAGGCUGUGGAUACAAAUACAGAAUGGGAGGGUUGUUCUGACGGGAGCUGGAACUGGGGGUAA